CCGCGGUAGGCCCUGCUGUUUAUCCAACUCCAGUUCAACCCAGCGCAGAAAAACAAGGAGCAGGAAAAUCCCGAUGAACAGAGAAGAUCCCUGAAGGAAAACGUAUUUUUUCUAGUCCAGUACCAUAGCGGCUCCAGACGAACCAUGUGAUCGUUAGAGCAUCCGAUGUAGCUGUCAUGUGGUACGUCCACAGCCCAGCACGGCGGAAUGCCCAGCUCAGCAAGGAGCCAUUGACAACCGCUGGCCUUUGACAAAGGAUCCUCCCAGUGACUCUUGUAACUACCUCCCUCCCCUAGGGGACACACAGACCCCACAGUGCCUCCACAUAGGGUGGACCUUCAUCCUACACCACACUCCUCAUCCUCCCACAGAGUCUGUUAGACAGGAGGUUCAUUCACAAAUGUCUACCUCACGAUUAAAAGGCCCCUCUCCAUAACUGCGACCCUGAACAGGCUACAAGAUGACUUCCAGUAUAGGCGGGGAUGACGCCAGCAGUAUCUUUGAUGGGUUAAUGGAAGAAGAUGAAAAGGACAAAGCAAAACGAGUGUCCCGUAACAAGUCUGAGAAGAAGCGCAGAGACCAGUUCAAUGUCCUCAUCAAGGAGCUGGGUACCAUGCUUCCAGGCAACACCCGGAAGAUGGACAAGUCCACCAUCUUACAGAAGAGCAUCGACUUCCUGCGCAAGCAUAAAGAAAUAGCUGCGCAGUCAGAGUCGAGUGAGAUCCGACAGGACUGGAAACCUCCUUUUCUUUGUAAUGAAGAGUUCACACAGCUGAUGCUGGAGGCAUUAGACGGCUUCUUCCUAGCAAUUAUGACAGAUGGGAACAUAAUCUAUGUCUCAGAGAGUGUUACAUCUCUACUGGAACAUCUUCCUUCUGACCUGGUGGAUCAGAACCUGUUGAACUUCCUGCCCCUGGUGGAACAUUCAGACGUGUAUAAAGCCCUGUCAUCUCACAUACUGGAGGGAGAGACGCUAACACCAGAGUAUCUCAAGACGAAAAACCAGUUAGAAUUCUGUUGCCACAUGCUCCGAGGGACGAUCGACCCCAAAGAGCCUCCUGUGUAUGAGUAUGUUAAGUUCAUCGGAAACUUCAAGUCCCUGAAUAAUGUGCCUAACUCAACUCGAAAUGGCUUGGAAGGGGUGAUCCAGCGGUCACUCCGGCCCGCUUUUGAGGACCGAGUCUGUUUCAUAGCAACUGUGAGAUUAGCCAAACCACAGUUUAUCAAGGAGAUGUGCACUGUUGAAGAACCCAAUGAAGAAUUCACCUCUAGACACAGCUUAGAAUGGAAGUUCCUCUUCUUGGACCACAGGGCUCCGCCCAUAAUAGGUUACCUGCCGUUUGAGGUUCUGGGUACAUCUGGAUAUGACUACUACCACGUAGAUGACCUGGAGACACUGGCCAAAUGCCAUGAACACUUAAUGCAGUAUGGGAAGGGGAAAUCGUGCUACUACAGGUUUCUCACCAAAGGGCAGCAGUGGAUCUGGCUCCAGACCCAUUACUACAUCACCUACCACCAGUGGAACUCCAGGCCCGAGUUCAUUGUCUGCACGCACACUGUCGUCAGCUAUGCUGAGGUGAGGGCUGAACAGCGCAGAGAGCUGGGGAUUGUUGAGGAGUCACCGCCAGAGAUCUCUGCAGUAGAUAAGCAGUCUCAGGACUCUGGUUCUGAGUCUCAACACCAGCUCAACACCUCCAGUCUGAAGGAGGCCCUAGAGGGCUUUGACCGCAGCCGCACGCCCUCGGCCUCCUCACACAGCUCCCGCAAGUCCUCGUCCCACACUGCUAUCUCCAACCCAGCCUCACCUAAGCUUAAGACAGACAGGGGUACACCGGGAUGCCAGUCCGUCUCUGCUAUUGAGAUGACAUCACAGCGAAGAUCAUCCAUCAGCAGUCAGCAAUCGAUGAGCUCCCAGCACACCCAGAACACAGGGCAGAACAUGGCCCCAUCCAUGGUUCCACAACAACAACCGCAGCAGCAACAACAACUGCAACAGCAGCAACCACCACCACAACAGCAGCAGCUUCAGAUCCAGCCUAGUGUCCAGCCCAUGGUACAGUUUUCCACCCAGAUGGACGCAAUGCAGCACCUGAAGGAUCAGCUGGAGCAGAGGACCAGGAUGAUCGAGGCCAACAUCCAGAGGCAGCAGCAGGAGCUCAGGCAGAUCCAGGAAGAGCUCAACAAGGUGCAGGGCCAUGGCCUACAGAUGUUUCUCCAGCCGGGUACUAGUGGGCUGAGCCUGGGCUCUGUGCAGCUGGCACACGGGACCACCAUGCAGCCAGGGGGUGCUCUCACCAUGCAGGGCCAAGUGGUGUCUGCAGGCAGUCUGCAGGGCAGCAUUCCACAGCAGCAUACGGUCCAACAACAACCCCAGCAGCAGUCCCAGCCCCAACAACAGAACCUGUUACGAGACACCAGCUCUGUCCUCUCACAGUCUUCAGUGAGGUCGACUCACUCUCUGCCGCCCCAGCAGAGUGCCCUGCCGGCCUCCCUCUACAACACCAUGAUGAUCUCUCAGCCCAACCAGGCCAAUGUGGUCCAGAUCGCCACCAGCCUGGCCCAGAACAGCAGCAACAACACAGCUGCCAUGGCAAACUUUGCCCAGGACCGCUCGGGACAGAUCAGGUACACGAUGCCACCAACAGGGUUCCCUGCUGGCUCUCAGUUGCUGACUAAGCUGGUGACUGGGCCGAUGGCGUGUGGAGCGGUCAUGGUCCCUACAACCAUGUUCAUGGGCCAGGUGGUGACAGCGUUCGCUCCUCAGCAGGGCCAGACUCAGACCAUCAGCAUCGCCCAGCAGCAGCCUCAGCAGCAGGAGCAGCAGGCUCAGUCUCAGGCCGAUGCCACACAGCAAGGGCUGGCCCAGCAACAAACACAGUUCCUCCAGGGCCCUCGGCUGCUCCAUGGAAACCAGUCCACCCAGUUGAUCCUGCAAACGGCGUUCCCACUGCAGCAGCAAGGAGCCUUCGCCAGCACACAACACCAGCAGCAGCAGCAGCUACAACAGCAACAUCAGCAGCAGCAGCAACAACUCCAGCAGCAGCAACAACAACAGCAACAACAGCUCCAACAACAGCAGCAACAGGAGCAGCAGCUGGCCUCUCACAGGGCAGAUAGCAUGUCAGGCCGCUCCAGCACACAGCCCCAGUAACCUGACAACAUCCGAUCAGACAUGUGGACUGAACCAAGUCUAUUUGUCUGUGUGAUGGGGUGAAGAGAUCGGUUGAGAAAGCAGUAUUGAGACUAUGCCUCUGAGGCUACCCUGCUUCAACUUGGUCUGUAGAGUUAGUGAUGGAUGGAUCAAUAGAUGGAUCUCUGGCUGCCUGCACUGAACUCAUGAGCCACUGGCGCGUCAGAUAGAAAACAAUGCUGUGCUCACAGUGAGCACGGAGUCGCUCCGCUUCAUGGCCAUGCUCAGAACUCUCACCACCUCACCACUGUGACAGGGGCCAGUGCUUGUCCCCUACCCUGCCCUCUUCUUGUGUGUUCAGUGUGUGCUCCCGUCACCCUCACAGAUGUUAUUUAUGCAGGACGAUCCAGUCUGGAGCUUCAAUCAAGGCUUCAAAGAAGUCCUACAGAGAGUAGACAGACGCCUCGUUUGUUUUCUGUUUUUCUCAUAUUGUUUUUCAUGUCAAAGUAAUUAUGGGUCAGAAAAUAUUUUUAAGAAUGUCAUGUGGAUUGAACUUUUAUUGUACAGAACAAAAAAUAAUAUGUAAAUAUAUGGAAAAAAAGAAAAAUGA